GUGUCCCCUUAAACCCUACACUGGUCGUAUUCUAGCAAUAUACCACUUCCCAGCUUCUUGAAGUACUGGCUUUCAAGACCCUGAAGAGAUGAAGUGGGGGACUGUGUUGCUGAUUUUCCGAUUCCUCCUGCAGGCAGUUCCAAGCUUUACCGCCGAUUCGGAACCAGAAAUUCUUGACCUUCUUUCUCUGUCAGAGCACAGAGGUUACAUAGACCUGCUACAACAAGCUCUGACUGAUCCCCCAGCAGUGAACGAAUUCUAUAUCCUGGCAACGUUUAAACUGCAACCAAAGACACUUGCUGCCAUUUUUGGACUUUAUUCCACCAAAAGCAACAUUAAAUACUUUGAAUUUUCCGUGUUGGGUCGACUGAAUAAGGCCAGCCUUCGCUAUGUGAAAAAUGAUGGGAAGCCCCAGGUGACCACGUUUCACAAUGUCCAGCUGGCAGAUGGAAAGCGCCAUGCUGUCCUCCUCAGACUGAAAGGCCUGCAGCAUGGGCCAACUACAGCUGAGCUCUAUGUUGACUGUACACAAGCAGGCAUUGCCCACAAUUUGCCAGCCUUGUUCACUAAAAUGCCACAGACUGCAGACUCUGUUGAAAUCCGAACCGCCCAGAGAAGAGCACAGGAUGCUGUUGAAGAGAUGAAAUUUGUCCUUGGAGGACCUAUCUCUAAAGUGGCAGCCCUUCAGGAUUGCAUGUUGCAGCAAAGUGAUUCUGCUGGCAUUACUGGUGACACCGGAAGACUCUUAGUCACCCAAAUGACACAACUCAAUCAACUGCUUGCAGAAAUGAAACAGCUUCUCAGGCAGCAGGUCACAGAAACCACACUUUUGCGUCACACCAUUGCAGAAUGUCAGGCAUGCGGUGUAGGAUUGAUUGACUUGGAAGAAGAAAUAGAACCCCCAGUGGUCCCCACUGUUGCUAAACCCAGAUGUACUACUCAAUCUUGUUUCCGAGGUGUACAAUGUACUGAGACUCAGGAGGGAGUCCAGUGUGGCCCCUGCCCCACAGGGUAUAUCGGUGAUGGAAUUCACUGUACCGAUGUAGAUGAGUGUCAAGUGAAUCCAUGCUCUUCCGGAGUUCGCUGCGUGAAUACCUUCCCUGGCUUCAGGUGUGAGGAUUGUCCAGCAGGUUAUACAGGACAGAGAGUCCAUGGGGUGGGAUUGGAAUUUGCAACACUAAAUAAACAGGUCUGCAUUGAUAUAGAUGAAUGUAGUGACGGAACGAAUGGAGGCUGUGCUAAAAAUUCCCAGUGCAUUAACUCUAUGGGAUCGUUCAGAUGUGGGCCCUGUCAGUCUGGAUAUGUUGGAGACCAAGAGAGGGGCUGCAAGCAACAGAAGAGCUGCAGCAACGGUCUCCUGAACCCCUGUCACUCAAAUGCACAAUGCUUUAUGGAAAGGGAUGGCAUCAUUUUGUGUACUUGUGGAAUCGGCUGGGCUGGAAAUGGUUAUGUAUGUGGCAAAGAUACAGACAUCGAUGGCUAUCCUGACCAGGAACUCAGGUGCCCAGAUAACAACUGCAGGAAGGAUAACUGCAUAUUUGUUCCCAAUUCUGGACAAGAAGAUGCUGAUGGUGAUGGGGCUGGAGAUGCUUGUGAUGAUGAUGCAGAUGGAGAUGGCAUUUUCAAUGCACAGGAUAACUGUGUGUUGGUUCGUAACAUCAAUCAACUGAAUGCUGACGAAGAUAACUAUGGAGAUGCUUGCGACAACUGUCGAAUAUCAGUUAACAAUGACCAGAUUGACACAGAUAGUGAUGGGAAAGGUGAUGCCUGUGAUGAUGAUAUGGAUGGAGAUGGGAUUAAAAAUUUCUUGGACAACUGUCAAAGAGUUCCCAAUAUAGACCAGAAGGACAAAGAUAACGAUGGUGUCGGCGAUGCUUGUGACAGCUGCCCUGAUGUCGUCAACCCUAACCAGUCAGACAUUGAUAAUGAUCUUGUUGGAGAUUCCUGUGACACAAAUCAAGACAGUGAUGGAGAUGGGCACCAAGACAGCAAUGACAACUGCCCCACCGUCAUUAACAGCUCCCAGUUGGACACAGAUAAGGAUGGGCUUGGAGAUGAGUGUGAUGACGAUGAUGACAAUGAUGGAAUUCCAGAUGUAUUUCCACCUGGACCAGAUAAUUGCAGGCUGGUAGCUAAUCCAGGGCAGGAGGAUGAUAACUUUGAUGGAGUGGGAGAUAUCUGUGAAGGUGAUUUUGAUCAUGAUCAAAUCAUUGACAGAAUUGAUGUUUGUCCUGAGAAUGCGGAGGUGACUCUGACUGAUUUCAGAGCAUACCAAACAGUGGUACUUGACCCUGAAGGAGAUGCACAAAUUGAUCCAAACUGGGUUGUACUUAAUCAGGGCAUGGAAAUUGUGCAGACAAUGAACAGUGAUCCUGGUCUGGCAGUUGGUUAUACUGCUUUUAAUGGAGUCGAUUUUGAAGGUACUUUCCACGUAAACACCAUGACAGAUGACGACUAUGCUGGCUUUAUAUUUGGAUACCAGGAUAGUUCUAGCUUCUAUGUGGUCAUGUGGAAACAGACUGAGCAAACCUACUGGCAAGCUACACCAUUCCGUGCUGUGGCCGAGCCUGGUAUCCAGCUGAAGGCAGUCAAGUCAAACACUGGACCUGGUGAGCAUCUACGAAAUGCACUCUGGCACACAGGAGACACCACAGACCAGGUCCGACUACUAUGGAAAGACCCCAGAGAUGUGGGUUGGGAAGAUAAGAUUUCUUACCGUUGGUUUUUGCAGCAUAGACCACAGGUUGGAUAUAUCAGAGCAAGGUUUUAUGAAGGUUCUGAUCUGGUGGCUGAUUCAGGAGUUACAAUAGAUACCACCAUGCGAGGCGGAAGACUGGGAGUCUUCUGUUUUUCCCAGGAAAACAUCAUCUGGUCCAACCUCAGAUACCGCUGCAAUGAUACAGUUCCUGAGGAUUUCCAGGAGUUUCAGGCACAGCAGUUGUAGCCAGUUCUCAGAAAGAGUCUGACAGAGAAACCAAAUGGAGAUAGUCCUGAAUAUCUUGCGGGGGUGCUAAAACAGCUGUGAAAAAAUGAAGUGGGUUUAACAUGUAAACGAGACUUAUGUCACAGAGCUGUCUCUGGCAUUUAUACUAGAAAUUCCAAUAAAACAUUUUAAGAAGCC